AAAAACAACCAAAUCAGCAUCAGCAGCAUCAUCACCAUCAUCAUCAUCAUCAGCAGCAGCAGCCAGAGCGAUAACCUCCCAAUCCCGCGGCGCAGCAGGACGCAGAAGCUGAGGAAUGACGUGCCCCUUCUGCACAGAGCAGAUAUUCAGCCUCAGCACGUAAAGGCAUAUCAUUUCCUAGAGGAAAGACAACACGUCUCUCUCCUACAGCAUCACAGCCUACAGGAGACGGAGAUCGGCAAGAAGAGAAACGAGCGUGGCGUUCUUGAAGAGGAGGUGAAGAAAAAGAGCCAGUCAUGUCAAACCUUGGAGAGUGAGCUCCAGAAUGUUUUGCAGAGGAAAACGCAUUUAAAUGUGCACUCACUCACCGACAUCCAGAAGACCACAGAGUGUGAGCAGGUGAAGUAUGAGUAUGAGUGCCUGUGGGAGGCUCUGCGUGCAGUGACUGUGGAGAGAGAUUGUGCUCUGUGGGAGAGGACUCAGCUCCAAGCCAAGCUGGAGAACCUAGAGCAGGUGCUGAAGCAUAUGCGUGAGGCUGCUGAGAGGCGGCAGCAGUUAGAGUUAGAACAUGAACAGGCCCUGGCCGUCCUCAGUGCCAAGCAGCAGGAGAUCGACCUUCUGCAGAAGGCUCAGGUUGAGGCAAAGAAGGAACAUGAAGGCGCCGUCCAUUUGUUAGAGAAUCACUUGGACAGCAUGCAGGCGAAGGUGAGGGAGUUGGAGGAGCGAUGUCGGAGUCAGAGCGAGCAAUUUAACAUGCUUUCGAAGGAGUUGGAGCGAUUCAGGGUGCAGGCUGGGAAGUUGGACCUGCUCGGGUCUGGACAGCUGACGGGAGGAGACUCGCCAGACUCGCCCAGCAAAACACCUUCACUUUGUGCUCUCCUCAACGGCCUGGGCAAGGGAAGCGAAGGAUCCUUGAGCAAGUCCGUGAUCUCGGAGUUCAUCCGACCUCUGCAGAUGAGCGCGGGAGAGAAGGCGGAGCUGCUGUCCGUCAAACCCAGCUUCCUGUCGCGGAGCACGCCCUCCAGCCCCCGCCGAACCUGUCUUUCCGAGGUCCGGCCCAUCUUCACUGCUGCUAUGGAGAGAGAGUUGAACCUGUCUCCUCGUGCCAAGCCCAGGUACACGGGGAAGGUCCGCCUGUGUGUCGCCCGCUAUAAUUAUAAUCCAUAUGACGGCCCUAAUGAGCAUCCUGAGGCUGAGCUCCCCCUGGUGGCCGGGAAGUACCUUUAUGUUUACGGGACCAUGGAUGAAGACGGCUUCUAUGAAGGGGAGCUGCUGGACGGCCAGCAAGGCCUCGUCCCUUCCAACUUCGUGGACUUCGUCCAUGAGGACGGCUUCGCCUCGUCCUCAAAAGAACCGUCCUACCUCAACUUCACCUUCAACCACAGCAGCAGCCCGGCGUCAGUACCUAGCAGCGCAGUGAGCACGCUCAGUACGCUGCUCUCAGAGAAACUGGAGGCCCUGAGCUCCUGCACGGGCACAGGGACGAGCAGCAGCAGCGGCGUGAGCAGCAUGGGAAUGGGCACCGAGCUGGGCGUCGUGGGUCCUGGUUUGGUUAACGAGCCCCUGGUGCAGUGCGGCACGAGCUCGAGCACAGCCUUGAUGGACGUGAACGUGGAUGAAGUCGGAGAAGACGUAGUGCCUUACCCACGGCGCCUGUUGCUUAUCAAACAGCUUGCAAAGAGUGUGAUCUUGAGCUGGGAUUCUCCUCUGGUGCCACACAGCUGGGGAUCCGUCAGCGGUUAUAACGUGGUGGUGGACCAAGAAGUGCGUGCCAGCGUGCCAUGCAGCGCUCGCACCAAGUUUCUAGUGGAGAAACUGAACCUGGCGUCAUGCGCCCACCGCAUUUCGGUGCAGAGCCUGACGGAGCGCGGCACCUCGGACGCGCUGCGCUGCACGCUGAUGGUCGGGAAGGACGUCACUGUAGCACCGUGCCAGCUGCGCGUCGACAAGGUGACUCAGAACUCGGCCGAGCUCUCCUGGAUGCCCAGCGACAGCAACUACAGCCACAUGAUCUUCCUCGACGGAGCCGAGUACGACAUGGUCAAACCAGGGGGGUACAAGUACCGCUUCUACAACCUCAAACCAAUGACUGUGUACAAGGUGCGUGUGGUGGCGAGACCUCAUCAAAUACCCUGGCACUUAUCGUUAGAGCAGAGAGAGAAGGUGGAGAUCACCGCGGAGUUCUGCACCCACCCUGCUGGCCCGCCAUUCCCUCCACAAGACGUCCAGGUGCAUUGUGGGACAUCGCCAGGAGUGUUGCAGGUGCGCUGGAAGCCCCCUACUCUCACACCAAGCGGCACCUCUAACGGCGCCAACGUCAUGGGCUACGUGGUCUGCACCAAAGGUCAAAAGAUCGCAGAGGUGAUGUUUCCCACGGCGGAAUUCGUGACAGUGGAGCUGAAUCGUAUCCAGUGUUUGGAAGCACAGGAAGUUGUCGUACGCACCAUCUCAGCUCAAGGGGAGUCACAAGACUCCAACGCUGCCUGUAUACCACACAACCUACUGCCGCCUCCGCCCCAGUCCCGCCCUCACCUGCCCACCUUUCCUGCAAACUACCCACAGAGCUUCCCUCAACCACAACCACCACCGCCACCGUCCACACCACAUACACAGCCACCACCGCCUCACCCCCAACCUCAACCUCAAAUCCAUCCUCCGCCGUCCACUCAGCCGUAUCCCAAACCCAAACUCCUCCCAAGUGCCCGAGAUGCCCACGCCAAAGAGCCGGAGGCAGUCAGGAGGCAGUGCCAGCCCUGGGAGCCUCACCAACGAGCCCCGUCGCCCCUGCCACCCCCAACUGCCGGGGGUCACGGCCGUGAGCCACCAGCACCACCACCGCACGUGACCCAGAGGAUCCUGCCCCAGCCUCAGGGAACACCGAUCUCCAACACGGUAGCACGCGCCAUGGCGAGGCAAGCGGCCCAGCGACAGGGCAGUAACCAUAAGCCAGAGAGAAGGAACAUCUUCAGUGAGAGGAACGAUACUCCUCACUCGGACGAGGAGGACGAUGUUUACGACACGCCCCAAACCAGGAGGAGAGGAGCCUCGGUGGAUGACUUUCUCAGGGGCUCUGAAAUGAGCAGACAUCACCACCACUACUCCCACAGCGACGACUACUACACGGAAAGCAGCCGAGGUUCGGAUCUGUCCGACAUCAUGGAAGAGGACGAGGAGGAUCUGUACUGCGAGAUGCAGCUGGAGGAAGGCCGGCGGCGGAGCAUCAGCUCGCACAACACACUCAAGGCAUACUACAGACGUCAGGACCUGAUGGAAGAGCAGGAUAGCUGUAACUGGGACCUGCAGCGGGAGGUGGUCCGCCAACGUUCGAUGCGCUCCCCUAAACGCCUUCAUAGCAUCCCUGAGGUAGCCGAGGAGGAGCAGGAGGCUGGUGCUGAGCAAAAAACACGGAAAGAGGAAAAGGCGAGAGAUUCUGAACGGCUGUCUGCAAACGCCAAUAUUUUGAAGCAGUUCCAGCGACGCCGAUGCUUUUCAGCAGAGGACAGAAUCUCGGCCUGGGGCAGCAGGCAGAACACCAAAAGUCCAGACAGUGGCCUGGACUGCGGGAGUGAAGAUGAGAGCUCGAUGGUCCCCCGCGGCUGGACCUGGCAUUGCAACAGCAUCCACAGUGAGGGCCCGGCAGAGCGCCGUGCACUAGCAACAGGCAGGAAGAGGACACUUACACGCCAGUGUGGCAUGGAAGAGGACAUCCUGGACACAGCGGGUGACCUGAGGGGGUCGUACCACCACUACUACCGCCCGCAUAUUUAUCACCACCUUCACCAUCUCCAUCGGCCUCGGCACAGGUUCCGGAGCGAGAGCAGGCUGAGUGAGGUUGGCAGAAGCUAUAGCAUGGACAUUAGGGCUCACUCUGUGGCCAGACUCAACAGAGCUGUGGAUGAACCUCUGAUUUUAGGGAACUCUUCCUCCAUGGGACGCUCGGAUCGACUGGAGCAGUCCAGCCGUCGGACGAGUCAUGGAUGUCCUCCCCCUCAGAGAAGGCCAAUGACGGUUCCAUCCAUUGAGAUCACAAUGGAGAAUAACUGUGAGGGGAGUGUAGCGCGCCACAGGAAAUGCCGGCCACUGCGAUCAGAGGAAACAUAUGGUGGUUACAGAGGACGGGACAGACGCUCGUCAGACUACUUUGACGAGUCAGAGACGGACAACCUGGCGAGGAUUUUUGUAGCUUUGUUUGACUAUGACCCCCAUUUAAUGUCCCCAAACCCUGAUGCUGCAGUAGAGGAGCUUCCCUUUAAAGAGGGCCAGAUCAUAAAGGUGUUUGGAGAGAAGGACAUAGACGGGUUCUACAGAGCAGAGGUCUGUGGCCGGAGAGGUCUCGUCCCCUGUAACAUGAUAUCCGAGAUCGAGACGGAGGACGGCCAGAUGAUGGACCAACUUCUUCAACAGGGCUUCCUACCACUGAACACUCCGGUUGAAAAAAUCGUGAAUUGCGAUCGGUUCAAAGAUGGCCGCUCACUAAAUCGCAGGUUUCGGAAAUCUAAGAGAGAGCGGAACAGGAGGAGUGGACGGCACCCGAUGUCCACACGCAGGAUGGUGGCUCUGUAUGAUUAUGACCCCAGGGAAAGCUCCCCAAACGUGGAUGUAGAGGCUGAGCUGACCUUCUGUGCCGGAGAUGUAAUAAUGGUGUUUGGGGAAAUCGAUGAAGACGGGUUUUAUUAUGGCGAACUGAACGGGCACAGAGGUCUGGUGCCCUCCAACUUUCUGGAAGAAGUGCCUGACGACGUGGAGGUUUUCCUCACCGAGCCACAGGAUCACCCGGGCAGGACCAAGAGCAAAAGGGUACACCCCGUUUCACAGCACUAGCCCUCUCUCAUCCAUCCGCUAUUCCUCUCUCUCGGUGUCUCUUUUUUACCUCUCCUUUCUCUUCGCUUGGUUCUUUCCCUCCUCUCUGUCUGUGGUCAGUGUUGUG